AUGGCUCGCGCUGUUAAGCACUUACGACAAAUAUAUCGCAAACUACAUUGGGAGUUUUUGAAAGAAGGUGGCAUACAUGGCUUAAAAGUAUUCUUUUCUAAGUCAUCUAUACGAUACGCUAAACACAUUUGGUUAAUUUUUCUCGCUGGCAUUAUUAUCAUUACUCACAUUAUAAUUAUCAACUUAAUUUUUCAAUAUUUGGAUCAACCAACUGAGGUGCGAUUGUCCACUAUGAGAACGCAUGUUUCUAGAAGUCCAUUUCCAGCUGUCGCUGUUUGUAGUGCUAAUAAGAUAAGUCGACACAAAUUGAUGCAAUAUGCGGAAAAGGUCUAUGCAGCCCAAGAGGCUCUUCAGCCAGGACUGCUCGCAAAAAAUGUCGAAGAAAUGGUCCAGCAUCUGUCGCUGCUCACCGGCUUCUUUCUAUACCCCAACGUCGCAUACUCAGAAGACGAUCACCGAAUCCGUCAACUACACAGAAUACUCACGAGUAUGUACAAUGGAAGUGAAUAUCCUACCCAAGAAAUCAUCUACAACUUAUCACCAGACUGUAAAGAUGUCAUUACACGCGGCAUGGUAUUCGGGGAAAUAAUUAAUGUAACACAAUACUUUGAGAAACGUACAACAUCGGUAGGCGCAUGCUGUCUAUUCAACUAUCGUCGCGAGUAUUAUCGCAACAAUGUCAGACGGGCUCCCAGCACGUUGGAGAAUGUGAUAUUUAAAACUAAUGAUAUUUUGAAUUCUGUACAGUUUGUAUUGCAAGAUAAUAUAAGUGAUUUUACAUUUACCGAAUUCUCAAGCUACGCAUUUCAGCUUUAUUUGUUUCCACAGGACGAUUAUCCCAAAGUAAUGACGAACUCAAUGGGAGACAUUUUGGUGAAUCACAGACAAUUAAUGCAUAUUCUAGUACAGCCCACCUUCUACGAUAGCAACAAUCACAUACGCAGCUUUCGACCGAGUGUUAGGAAGUGUUAUUUUAAAGACGAAGGACGACGUAUGCUGAACAGAACCUACUACUCAGUUGAUGAAUGUCUACACAUUUGUCGCAUGCAAAGUAUGCAACAAUAUUGUGGGUGCGUCAGUCCAUUUCUCGAGCCAGCCCUCAUAAACGCAACUGCCUGUAGUUUAUUGCAACUACCUUGUCUCACAAAUUGGAUACGCGAAUUCUAUCGAUGGUCAUACUUCGACUAUGUCCUGCCGUCAGCUGGAUUUGACAAAUGCCUUUUUUGUUUGCCAACAUGCAAUGGUGUUUUCUAUACAAUUUACCCUAAUCCAUCAACGUUGCGUGAAGCAACUGCCACGACGACCUACACCUACGGCUUGCUAGAAGGUCUCAAUAGCAAUAGACCAUUGGCGCUGAUUAAAUUAUACUUUAAAAACCGGUAUGCGCAAUCGACACAAAAAGAUUUGAUAAGCGACUGGGUUGUAAUGUUGAAUCGCUUUGGUGGCAUUUUAUCGCUAUUUUACGGCUUUAGUAUAAUAAGUUAUAUAGAAGUUUUAUACUACUUGAGCGGUAAAUGGUUUGUACUUAUAAUCAAGACUUGGCAAUCGGUGAGAAAUGGCAAAGCACAGGGAAGUGCAUGUGAACUGGAGAGGAAUGCAGUGGCACAGAAGCCGAUAUAUGCAUUGUAUUGGAAUGAGCUACUCCCCAUGUCUGUUAGGCUGCAAAAAUACCCUAGGAAUAUAGCUGCAGCUAAAAUCAAAAUAAAUAAAAAAUAAUAGAUAGUGAUGGAAUUCAGUGACUACUACGUGGGGUGGUUCAAAAGCUCCCGGGGUGGAAAGAAUGGAAUGAGUGAAGAGAUUUAUUUCUUCCUCUACAGUAGAUACAUAUGUAUAUAAUAUAUUUAUUGAUAUCUUUUCCUCGGAAAUCAAAAAUUUAUGGGUAAGUGGCAUUGACCUUUCAAAUGAAGCAGAGAGUCAACAGAAGGAAAUCAACGCUAGAGCUGCAAAUGUAUCGAUGCCCCAGUAUCGAUAUAUCGAGUAUUUGUUUUCUUUUUUUCCGAUAUCGCGUAUAGUGUAUCCAUUUUCUCUUUGCUUAUUUUAACGGAAAACACUAUAAGCGACUAAAAU